CACCAAUAUAGACUCGUUUUAUGUGACUCCUUACGCUCUUGAGCGAAUUCCCAGACCUCCUUCUCUCUUGGCCAAGAUGAAAUGGUACAAACUCAAACUAUCACGACGUGGGCGACGGGCGGUGAGCAACGCAGAGUCAGAACCGGAUACCUCCAGCAACAAUAGGGCGGGACAAGCAGUGCAAGUCACUGACAAACAGGAGGAGGGAGAGACGUCAAUCGAAUCAGUGCCAGAGGUUAGGAACUAUGCCACGUUCUUCGAUCUGCCGCCCGAACUGCGAGAUCAAAUUUACGACCAUCUGUGGAAUGACUCCUGCAUCGUUCACGAGCAAAAGGCGGAAAAUAUACAAAUCCUGAUUCUAUAUGGGGCGGAAACGCAACACUAUUACGCUGGAUUGCCGAGUUGGAUCAACCUGAGCGAUCGAUUCCGUGACGAAUGCCUCGGGCAGCUCAAUCGCGCCGGUCGACUUACGAUUGCGGAAGACAUUCUCGUACCGCCAGGCUACGGCGGCAAUUGGUACAAAACAGACGGCGAACUCACAGUGGAAACGCUACGGCGGAUGACAACUUGGGACAUCAAGAAGCUGCAGCUGAAUUGGCGCCUACAGCACUCAAAUAAGCCGUGCUAUUUGGAAGGCAGACACUAUCCUGAAUAUGAUCCUGAAUGCUGCAAAGAUUACUUGAGACUCUACUUCAAGAAUAGUGGAGCCAUCGUCGAUAAGUUGCGAUGGCUGAAGGGCAAAGGUGUUGUUCCAAAAAGAAUCCCUAUCAACAUUGUGUUCCAACCUGACUAUGCGUGGGUAUUGGGUUUGUUCCUUUCAGGCAGGGUCGAUGAAGAGGAUAUAUUAUAUGAUCUCGAAGUACUGAGUGCUCUACCGCAGCAGUUUGACAGGCUCGAGAUUCGUCUCUCUGGGUCGCUGUAUUUUGGCGAGUCAUCAGAAUCCGAGGAAGAGACUAAUUCCAAUUCCGAUUCAUUGGAAAUGGAUGGCUAUGAUCUUGCCUGGAAGCAAGUGCACCGCGAAUUUUACCGCAAAUGCUGGCGGCUAGUAACAAAUCAGUUUGUUGAAACCAUGAAGGAAUUAACAAAUGAAGAAGAAGAAGAAGUCAAUAUACGAUGUUGCGAAUCAGGAAAUUCGGGUCUUGAUAAAGACGCAAUCUGGAAUAUGGUAAUUGAAGGGCAAAAUUUGAGCUAGCCAUAUCGAUGAUGGUGGACAAUAGAAAUAUC